AUGGCCCACGCAAAUCGUAUCGAACAGCUUGAGGAUCUUCGCAACAUCCAGACAAACCAAGACUACUAUGAGAAGCUCGUCGCAGGCAAACUCGCUUCGACGCCCAUCAGUAACAGCAACAGCAGCGAAGGCCAAGAUGGCGCAUCCUUCCAACAGCCAAUCUACAUACCAGUUCCGAUCAACCUAAAGGCCCAGCUCGGUAACCCGACGGCCCUGGCCUUGGGAGCGUUCGCAACGACCCUAACAACCCUCAGCUUUGCCCUCAUGGGUUGGCGAGGUGUGAGUGUGACCAAUGCUUUUGUUGGCGACUUUUUUGGUGUGGCUGGGAUCGGGAUACUGAUUACUGCGCAAUGGGAGAUUGUUUUGGGCAAGACUUAUGCCUAUACCGUGCUCUCCGCUUUUGGGGUUUUCUAUGCAGGGUUCGGUAUUAUCGUUACGCCGUUAUUUGGGGUGGCUGAAGCGUAUGGAGGCGUGGAGAGUGUAGAGUAUAACAACGCUCUGGGGUUCUUCGUCUUGAGUGCAUGGCUAUGGUUUGUCUUCAACUUGCUUUUCCUGAUCCGCUCUUUGCCCCUAAACCUUGUCUACAUCGUCAUUUUCUUGACUGUCCAAUUUGCCUUCACCUUGGUAUCAGCGUCGUACUUUCCUACUGCCGACGGUAAGACAAGCCAGGCUGUGGCCGUGAAGACGACCGCUGGAGCGUUUGCUUUCAUCUCGGGCAUGCUGGGUUAUUAUGCUGUUGGGAAUCUAAUGUGCCAGGAAGCGCUCAAGUUUAGCUUCCCCGUGGGUGACACUAGUCGCUUCUUCAAAAAGCGGAGUGGGAAGAAGGAGACUUGA